GCCCUGGUUUGUUGUGCUUCUCAGCAGGGACAAUGGCUGCAGAGGGCGAUUUUCUGGCGAGAUACCGUGCUGUGUCUAAUAAACUGAAAAAACGUUUUCUCCGCAAGCCCAAUGUAGCAGAGGCGAGUGAGCAGUUUGGUCAGUUAGCCAAGGAGCUGAAACAGCAGGACUGCCUUCAGUAUGCUGCCUUCUGUAACCUGGCCAUGGCGAGGUGUGAGCAGACUCUUUUUAAUGCACCUGGAGAGGCUCUGGCAUUAACCGACGCUGCCCGCCUUUUCCUCUCAUCUGAGAAGGAGAACAGGGCACUGCAGGCCCCGGGCUUCGAUGAGCACCUUCAGGCUGCACUCAACUGCUACAGUUUUGCCAUCAAGGUGCACAUUGAGAUGAACCAGCCUGUGAUGGCAGCCAGCCUGUGUCUAGAACUUGGCAACGCGCUUAAGGAGAUGAACAGACCAGGAGAGGCUAUCGUUCAUUACCAGAGAGCUGCAGAGCUGCAGACACAGACACCAAUCGAAGCUCUGCUGUCAAUGGGAGAAAUGGCCACGUGUAAAAUUCUCACCCGUGACUACGACGGUGCUUUGUCCGUGUUCACAGAGAUGCAGCUGAUGUGCCACGAGAGAGGACUGCAGCUACCAGGCAUCAGCACCCCCGUUGGUGCAUUUCUGGACAUUGUGGCCAAAUGUGAGAUCUCCAGAGUACUACUGUUGAUGUUACUUGAGCCUCCGCCUCAGAAGCUCUUACCAGAACAUGCUCAGACCCUGGAGAGAUACGCAUGGGAGUCUUUCGACCCUCACAGCCAAGUGACCUUCCUGCCUGAGAAUGUUUUCCUGCUCCUGCAGUCCGUCGUGAUGGCGUGUCAGGAAAAAGACACAGAGUCCCUCAAGUCUCUUCAGACGGAGCUGUGGCCGUUUCUGACUGCAGAGCAGAAUCAUCUCCUCCACCUGGUGGUUCAAGAGCGCAUCACGCCGUCUGGACAAGGCAUUUAGUUCAGGCAGGUUUUUACUCACUUCCUUUGGGAACGAUACUUUACGUAAUGGAACAUUCCUGUUUCUCACUGGGUCUGUUGUAAGGCCUGUUGUUUCAAUGUUGUAAUUUGGACUCAAAGAAAUGCUCGCAAUACAAAACUUUGCCCUUAAUUGAAAACACAGUUUUAAAAAUAGUUGCGUAAUAAUAUUUAAAAACAGUAUUUUUUGUAGUACUGUGUGUUCUUUUUUUGUCAGGAUGCUAACUUAAGACUGAAUGGAAAUUAAUUUGAUGUUAUCUAUGUGUGCUCCUGAGUUGAAGGCUACAGAACUGGACCGCUCUUACAUUUUUGUUAUGUAACAGUGACUGCAUUUGUGUUUACACCAGUUAAAUAGAUGAAACCUGAAGGCUUUCAGUUAUAAGUUUUAUUAAUCAAUGAUAUGGCUUCAAUUCCAAAGUAAUUACAAAAAAACCAUCUAUUGCAUAGUUUUGAAUUAUGGUGAAAUCAAACACCAUUGUUCUCCAUCCCUGGUUCACUUAAUGUUCACUUGUACACACUGCAUGUACUUUUCUUAUGAUAGCAGCCAACUACAGACACAAAAUCAAACAUGGCUAAAACAAACAAUACAAAAUGUUACAAAAAUAUAAUGGUUACAAUGUACAUAGAUUAAAAAGGAUACACUAUACGAAAGCUGUAAAAUGAGGAUACAUGAUUAAAACUACUUGUACUGUAUAUCAAGGCUUGUCUUUCCCGAUUGUUCAAGUACUGCAACAGGAAUGUUGUAGUUUAGCCAACAUGCCGUACCUUCACAGAUACAGUAUUUAUCACUCCAAUCUGGAAACCUGCAGUAGUAACUAUCCGCCUCACGGUAGUAUACAGGAUGAGGAGUACUUAGAUCUCAGAGAAUAUGAACGACCAAAUUUCAAGAGGGCUUUUUCUUGCACUCCUCUCACAUGGCCAACUUUGUUUGAUUCUGAAAUGAAUAGUUUGACAUUUUGGGAAAUAAUUCAGUUUCUUUCUUGCAGAUAGAUGAGGAGAUUGAUACCACUCUGAUUUAGGGGUGCAGCAGUGUGCUAACGUCAAGGUAUACUGUAGUAUGAAGAUUGAAGG